GAAACUCUCGCAUGGGUCAGACAGUCAGUCAAGCGUGUUGUGGUACCUAUCUGGUGAAUCACGGCUUCGGCCAGUAAUACCAGAACGGAAAGAAAGACUCCGUACCUCCUGCUUUACAUGAAAGCUAGUGUUAGAUGCUCUAGUUGGAACAUGUUUUUGCCCCUUGGAGGCAUGAUUAGCACAAGGAUACUGUUAUCGAUGCCGUUGACAGCUUGUCCGAGGAACUAGCUGGUCUACCCAGCUCUGAAGCCCUGCCAACAAUUGGCUCUGGUAUUCGGGCCAUCAUUGUUCCACGCCUUGUCGAUGAUGUACGGUACCUUCGCGGAGAGACCUAACUCCGCACGCGCUUCUUGCUUCUUGCUUCUUGCUUCAGGGAUCCCGGAGUCACAGAAAACAUGGCGUCCGAGGUGCAGAAUUUAAACCCGACCAUAUUGAAUGUUGCCGAUCUCCCCACUCGAUUGGGUUCGGCUGCAUUGAGCAAGGCAGGCACAGACAGAGUCGACAAUCUUGCAUCAAUCUUUCCACCGUCUGCAUAUUCAAAUGAUUGGCCCACCGCUCUAUACUCGUCUUCUGAUUCUAGCGACGAAGAAGAGGUGCUAGAAGAGCAGAUUGAUGAGCAAGAAAUAUAUGAUCUCAUAUCGUCUAUUUCCGAUCCAGAGCAUCCGAUAUCUCUAGGAGCACUGGCCGUUGUAUCCCUUCCAGAUAUUUCUAUAAAGUCAACACUCCCCGAUGUGCCGGAGUCAGUUCUUCGGACAGUAUCUGUUCUCAUAACACCAACAAUCACGCAUUGCAGCCUUGCUACAGUAAUAGGCCUCGGUGUACGUGUUCGGCUCGAGCAAUCACUGCCGCCACGGUUUCGCGUGGAUGUACAAAUCAAAGAAGGCUCUCACAGCACAGCUGAAGAGGUGAACAAACAAUUAGCUGAUAAAGAAAGAGUCGCUGCUGCGUUGGAGAAUGGAACACUUAUGGGUGUUAUUGCAAAAAUGCUCGAAACGUGCCGGUAAUUUUAGUGGACGUCAUGAUCAUUCACUAUCUCUUGAAUUGCAAUUGUUUUGAAUGUUUGUGGGUUAUAGACAAUGCACCAAAUUCGUAUGAGUGAACUUGCAGUAUCCUACAGAUGAUUUUCAGGUAAAUUUUGCAACAGGUAAUUCUAAUGAACAUCAUCAUGACCAUAUCUUUCACGAGUCUAGAACUCCACUUUCCUUUAAUCCUUUCCAGAGUUCGGGCUCCAGAAAUUUGCUCACUGUAACAUCCUCUGCCAAACCUUUGCGCCUUCUAGUCUUUAGCACAAAGUCGCGGGCGGUGGCCAUUGCAGGGGCCAUCUCCAAAGGCUUAACCUUGACUUCACGAUCGAGCGGAUCUCCCGGGACGACGCUCCA